AUGCACUUUGCCGAAUGCGCAUGCAAUUUUGGCCAACCACCAUCCGGAACCAAUGUAAUAGAAAACGGUACAAGCUAUCAGUACAUCAUACCAGCUUACAAGUCCUCAUGUUGUGGAAUACUACAAAGAGUGGACUUCCGGAGUCGUAACUAUGGACUAAUCGAUUUUCAGAUCUGGAGGGAAACAGCCACGAACGAUUAUACAUUGAUGCAUAGUUACAAUUACUAUGUCCCAGAGGUGGAUAAAACACUCUCUCUGUACACUGGUGAUGAUAUGUUAAUUCAAGGAGAUGACAUCAUUGGCUGGUACUCUACAGAUUACGAAAUCGUCCCUUAUUCUACCUCUACCUCGGAUCAGAACAUACAGUUAAAAGGAAUUAUUGGAUUUUCUGAGGGAGACUCUUAUUCCCUGAAUACACCGUUUGUUCCAAACAGAAAUUACCACAUCCGAUACUUUGUCGCUGAUUGCAUCAUAAGUACCGCUGGUCCUUUAACCACAGGCACGUAUAGCGCUAGGGUGCAGGUCCGAGAUCCAUGUGGCAAGAAAGAACAACAAGAUCUCACUGUCCAGAUCCUCAAUAUGCCUCCUGAAAUCCUAAACCUUCCUUCCUCUGUGGAUCUCUCAGAAUCGACUCAGAUCGAAUCCCUACUUUAUACUCUAACUCUCCUGGACCAGUCCGGAAACGACACAGUCACAUGUUCCCUCAACCAAACAUCUCCAGCUGGCGCGCCUUUUGUUGUGAAAUAUAUAUCCGGGACUUCUAAUAUUGGAAUCUUUAGUCUUGCGUCUCCAAAUUUUGACUAUGAUAAUUCCUCUAGCUAUGAAGUGAUGGUAGAUUGUACAGAUUCAAAGGACACUGUUUCAAAUUCACUGUUUGUUUACCUAAUCAAAAACGCAGAACCCUUGGUACAUAAUUUACCAAACGUAAUUACCAUUCCCAGCACCACUGCAGUAGGGACCAUUGUGUUUGUCGUCAAUAGUACAGAUGCAGAGAACGACCAACUGAUACACACUCUCAACUACUGCACGUCGUGUCCAUUCACUAUCAGUCAAUCUGGACACAUUUUCCUUCAAACGAGUAUUGCAAAUGCCUCUAAAUUUUCGUACAAUUUGUACGUGGUGGUUUCCGAUAGAUUUGGAUCAGUAACGGACAAACUCCUUACUAUAUUGGUGACAGGUGGACAAAUAACGGUAAUAGAAGCUCUGGACUAUGAAACUGGCGUUACCAUGUACAAUUUUUCAUUUACUGUCAGCGAUGGAAAAGUAUCUGCUCCCAAGGCAACCUUAAGAAUAUCCAUACAAUCCAAGAAUGAGCCACCAGUAUUUGCUAACCAAGUAUAUCAAGUGUCUAGGGAUGAGGGAAGCUCAAGAGAUACAUUCCCAAACCCAGGUUUUAUUGUCAGCGAUCCAGACACGGGAGACACGUGGACCUAUAACAUUGCUGGAGGAGAUUUUUAUGGUCGGUUUUGGAUUGAUCCAAGCUCGGGAAUUCUCCAGUUCAAUACGCAGUACAUUGUGGACAAACCAAACUUGAUGCCAUCCUCUGUAAACCUCAUAAUUGCUGCGGUAGACCAGUCUGGAGCAAGUGGAACAACCACAUUAUCCGUGACAAUCACAGACUCCAACAACAGAACGCCUUAUUUUCCAAACACCGAGUAUCGCUGCACCGUGAUAUAUGACGUACCCGUCCAGUCCUCCGUGGCCUACAUCACAGCGUCAGAUGAUGACUUCGGACCUACCUAUAAUCAGAUCAGCUACUCCAUCAAACCGGAACUGGAUUAUGAAUAUUUUGAUAUCAAUGCAAACGCAUUGCUCACAACCCUGAAAUCCCUUAAACAAUUUGAAAAUAGCACAAAGCUGUAUACUGUUGUUAAAGCCCGAGACAAGGGAACCAGGGAGUCAUCCGUGACGGUCACAGUGAUUGUGCAGCAAGGGACCGGCGACAGUUUCUUUGACGACCCAAACACAGUGGCCUGGUUUGCAGCGCUUAUGGUGAUACUAGUCAUACUGCUGGCAGUCGCGAUCGUCUGUCUCUACCGUUUCUGUAAAUAUGGUUACAUCUUCUCAAAGAAAGGACUCUGUCGAAAGUAAGUAUUUACAGUAGUUAUUGCAUACACGUUUUUAUCCGUCGUGCUCUUUCUUUAAUUUUAGAUAGUUUGAACCUCUUUUCAUUCCAUUUCAUUAGUGUGAUUGCUCUUAAUUUAUUUUCAGUUGUAGAAGCAAAAAAAUUCAUUUUGAUAGAGACGAAAAAUAUAAAAGAAACUUUAAACGUAAGUAAUAUCAUGUUCAUGUAUAUCAAUAUUACUUAUGUUUACAUGUAUAUAGGUG